CGCCGCUCACCACGAGCCUUGCUUCUUCACGUCACCUCCUCCUCACACAUUUUCCCUCUCACCUCUCAAUCCAUGGACACCCUCCCUGCUCUGAUCCCCCCCGAUGCUCGCUGUGGGUGCCGUUUGCUGCCCCAACGCCGUUCCGCGCCCCCUCCACUCCGGCCAUGAGCUCCUCCCAGUGAAUCCCUCUAGUCCCCUGCUCAUCUCCCAUGGUGGCCGCAGGGAGCUCUGGAUCCAUGGCCGUCGGCCUCUGGGCGUGAGCAGCCCUUGGCUCUCUCCCCUGCGACAGACUUCCUCCACGGUGUCUUUUUCCCCAACCAUGGUGGCCGGCUCCCUGCUCCUCCAUUCGGUGCCCCUGGUUCAGGGCCGGUCGACCUCCGGCGACCUCCUCCCCAUGGCACAGCAGGCCGACGCCCCUGCCUCUACUCCAUCUUCCCCAUUGGACAGCACGAGCUCCUCCUCGCCGAUACGCCAGCAACCCUGCAGCAGCGCCACUCGAUCUCCUCUAUACGUGAACAACAGCAACCCGGAUCCCAUCCACGUCGUAUGCGUCGAUCCGAUCUGUGCAGUCCCAACCCACGACGUCGCAACACCCUUGCCCUCCGUCGAUGUCACGCUUCGCUCAUCGCUCCUCGACGAAGAGCCGUAACCGUGGUAGACAUGCAUGUGCGAUCCGAACUGAUUUCACCAGGUACGCUAGCUGAAAAUCGUGCUAAGCGAAGGGUGUGGAUCAAAACAACCCACAAGACGAUGUCGGCCAAUGAGCCUGAAGAUGGAUGGACUAAGCGGAUGUCAAAACGAAAGUUGAUCAUCAAGUGGCAUUCAUCUAACAACACUAACAUAGUGUUUAUCCCAGGCAAGCCCCGGUGCAUUUGCCACCUUCUUGCUGUUUUAAAAAUAUUUUAUCACUUAUAUGCUGCAUUAGGUGGUAGGAGUUGAAUGGUUAAACCUUUGCUGCAUAACUUCCUUGAAUUAUUGAUUAUCAUCCUUGAUACCUGAUUUGAAAAGCUAGAUAUGCUUAGCCUGCUUAUAGACAAGGAACAAAAUAUUUUGAUGUAUGAAUCAUGUUUUUACAAGGAAAAAGGGGCUGGAAUGAUGAAGGUAUCAAAGGCCUUGAUGACUUCAUCAUUUCAGUAGGGUACCUCUGACAGGUACCAGGUUUUCAGAAUUAUUUUAAUAUGAGACCAGACGUUGAGCAGGAAAGGUCGCCCGUCUGUGUCGAUUAAGGACCGCACCGAAAGUAGGCUUGCUGAUCUAGGACCCUUUAACUGGCCACAUGCCUCGUCAUGGGUAAGCUUAGCCUCGGUCGGACCAAUACCAGAACAGCUCGCACGCACUGGGAGUGGAGAGAUGGCGAGAGUAGCUUGUACCCUCCGUGGCAAGAAACUGGAAGGUGGGGUGCUGUACUCUCGGAAACAUGGCGGGCACCAUGGCGAGAGUAACGUGUACCAACCAGGCCAAUGGCUGGAAGGUGGGGUGCUGUACUCUCGGAAACAUGGCGGGCACCAUGGCGAGAGUAACGUGUACCAAUC